UUUUUUUUUCAUCUCACUUUCCAUCACUCAAAUUCUACUUUCCCUAUCACUUUAAACUCAAAUUAUACAAUGGCUGAUCAAUUAACUGAGACUCAAUUGGCCGAAUUCAAAGAGGCCUUUUCCCUGUUUGAUAAGGAUGGCGAUGGUACCAUCACAACCAAGGAGCUCGGCACAGUCAUGCGUUCUUUGGGCCAGAACCCUACCGAGGCUGACCUUCAGGACAUGAUCAAUGAGGUGGAUGCUGAUGGCAAUGGCACAAUUGACUUUCCCGAAUUCUUGACAAUGAUGGCCCGCAAGAUGGUCGAUACUGACUCUGAGGAAGAGAUCAAGGAGGCUUUUAAGGUGUUUGAUAAGGACGGUAACGGCUAUAUCUCAGCAGCUGAGCUUCGCCACGUCCUCACCAACCUUGGCGAGCGCCUGUCCGAUAGAGAGGUCGAUGAGAUGAUUCAAGAGGCAGACGUCGAUGGUGAUGGUCAAAUCAACUAUGAAGAAUUCGUCCGCAUGAUGAUGGGCAAGUAAACAGUAGCUCUUCCAGACAUACUAUCAUUUUGAAUAUUUAAAAAAGCUAAAAAAAAA